GACCCGGUGGUCAUCAAAUGUGUGAUUCAAAGUAGAAAGGCUGGGAGGUCCCCACGCAACUUUCUGAGACUUUGCUUGUUCCUAUUCCUGGCCAUCAUACCUCAUAGAACCAAUUUAACAAAACGACUUUGCCGACCUCACACCCUACCCAGGUGCACAGCGCACUCACGUAGUAAACAUACAUUGAUUUGACUUGCUCUGUCAUUUUCAAGAUCGACAAAGUUCUGAAAACCGUGCUCCCGAGUCCUCUUCGCUUGGCCUUACAAACCCUGCGAUUCCCCGAAGUGUUUCGCCUAGCAUCGUCGAUUACCCCUGGAAGUCAACAAUAGAGCAACCAACUUUCGGCUCCCCACCGAUCAUAAUGGAGAAAAUACAGCUACUCCUCCGAGCACUCCAGCUCCUCUUCAUCAUCAUUCUCACCGGCCUGAUCGGCCACGUCAUCGCCAGCAACAUCCAUGCUGCCUCGUCCGCUACCGCCGCCAUCAACUUCUCCAUGUUUGUCAUCGUCCUCUCAUGGCUUGCCGCUCUGCUCGGGCUGGUGGCUGGCAUGGUCCAGCGUAUCACGCUGCCCCUGAUUGCCCUCCUCGGCGCCGACCUCCUCGCUACGCUCUUUACCUUGAUCGACGCCAUCGUGCUGGCAGCCAAGCUGAAAGCCGUCAACUGCGCCAACACGGGCGGCCAUUCGGCGAGUUGGAUCGCCUACGGCAGCGCGAACGAUACCAGGCGAUGCCGCGAGGUGCAGGCUUCGACCGUGUUUAUGUGGUUCCUCUUCGCGACAUUCGCCGCAGCGCUGGUGCUGAGCUUCCUGGGCUUCCGGCGCGGCGGUGGUAGUAUCAGGUCGGGACCGACCAUGUCUCAGGUUAGGGUAUGAGUCUGGCUGGUUGACCAAUUCGAACAAAUCUCGGGCUAUGGAUAUGGACAGUUGGGGUAUUAGGGGAAAGGCGCUUGUGCUAUGACUAUGAAGGACACGGUACUAAAGUAAUAUGGAUAGGGUGAUUGAUACCUGGGUGGGAUGUAUAUGAUGGAUUAUGAGUUUUACGGUAUCUAAUGAUGGGGGCACACGACACGACUGAAGAAAAGGACAUUCACUUAGGACAUGACUGGGGGAAGCAUGGUGCUUGGGCGUUGGACUGAGUAUCGGGAAGAUAACCGGGAUUUGUAGGAUUAGGAUAGCAAAUGACACCGUUGG